AUGGCAAAGAAGAAGAGCCACAACCACAAUCACAACGGCAAGACUGAGAACGACGAGACUCUGAACCAUCCCCCGCCGCCGCCGAUGCAUCAGCAACCGGAGCAAGAACCAGUCCUGGCCAUGGCGGAUCAGCAGCCGCCGCUGUCGCUGUCACGGACUUCCUCCUUGGAAGGAUCCGAGAAUGAGAAGCUGAAGGCGCUGAACAAGCGGCUGAUCGACACCGUGGCGGACAAGAGGAGGCAGGUGGAGGCCUUGGAGCGGGAGAAGAAAAGCCUGGAGUCCGAGUUGGAGAAGCGCGGCGCGGACUUCGUCGUCGGGAGUGACGAGAGAGCUUGCUCGGAGAUCGAACGGAGCAUCGCGUUCGCGGCUCUCAAGGAAAGGGAGGUAAUCGAGAAGUUGACCGGCGAUCUCGAGUCCGGGAGGGAGCGGCUGAGCAGGACUUGCAGAGAGAAAGAUAUUAUUGAAGGCGAGCUCUCCGGGAGGGUUGAGGAAGCUGAAGGUUUGAAGGCGAUUGUGAAGGAGAUGGAGGAGAAGGAAAAGACGAGCGAAGGUGAGAUUCUUGAACUUAAGUUCGAAAUUGAACGAUUGAGUAGCCAGAAAGAAGUUGUAGAGGAGGAAGUCGAGGUUCUUAAACGGGUUAGGGAUUCCGCUGAGAUGAAUUUGUCCGUUAGGGUGAGUGAAAUCGAAGCUCUGAAAUCUGAGAUUAAUGCGAUUGAGACUGAGAAGAGUGAUCAGAUCUUCAAGAUUGGUUCAUUGGAGGAAGAAAUCAAGGGAUUGAAUGAUUCUGUGGCGAGUUUCACGACUGAGAAUGGACUUCUGAGCGAGAAGGUGAUUGGACUGGAGAUGAGCUAUGGCGAUGCGAUUGAGAAGGAGAAGACAUUGAGAGAAGACAUCGAUUCCUUGAUUGAAGCACAGAGGGAGAAGAUCAAGAUGGUCGAAGCAUUGACAGAGGAAAAGCAUUCUCUGGUGAAGAUGAUAGAUUCCGUUAAUGGAGAAUUGGAGGGCAAGAAGGAAUUGAUUGAGAAGCUCUCGAGAGAGAAGGAAGAGGUCGAGGGAAUAUCCAAGAGGAAAGAGUCUGAAAUUGCAGAGCUGCUGAACAAGGUCAGCGAGCUGGCCGAUUCUCUGAUUGCAGCGAAUGACUUCAUCAAGACUAAAGAAGCUCGAAACACCGAGUUAGCUUCUGAGUGUGCUCAGUACAGAGAGAGGCUGGAGCGAGUGAAGGUGGAGAAACAUGAUCUGCAGAUGGCUCUGGGAGACGAGCAGGGUUAUGGAGCUAACUUGAGGUCUAAACUUGCAGAGGUGGAGGCUAGGAUGGAAGCAGCUGCAGUCGAGCUUGAGAAGUCAAACUCUGAGAAAGAGACUCUAAUGGAGGAGAAGAAGGCAGUGGAAGCCGAGUUUGAAUCAUUGAAGAAGCUGAAUGGUGUGAUUGAGAAGAAGCUUGCAGAGACACAAGUGGAGAAUGGGGAAUUGGAGGGUAAACUGAAAUCAAGUGAGAUGAAGCUGGAGCGAGCUGGCAGCAACAGCAAUAGAUCCGUAGGUGCAAAGGUUGAAGAACAAAUGGAAGCGAUCAAGAGCUGUUUCAGAGACAAGGAUGCAAAGGUGGAGGAGAUGAAGCAGCGAGUUGGAGCUCUGGAGAACUCUGUUGCAGAAGCAGAGAAGAAGAAGAGCUUCUGGGCUAUGGUUUCAUCUGUGACUACAGUGGUGGCUGCGGCUUCACUUGCCUUUGCUGUGAAAGUGCGUUAG